AUGGCAUCAUCUGCAGAUUCAAAGUUACCUGAAAACAAAUGCCGGCGCUGGUGUAAGAAGACGAAGCAAUACAUCGAGAUUAAUCGGCCUUAUGCUAUUCAGCAAUAUAACGAAAAUAUGGGGGGAGUGGACAUGCUGGAUAUGGUUAUUAGCUUCUAUAGAAUAAGCGCACGCUCAAAAAAAUGGACGGUUCGAUUGAUAUUCCAUUUAUUCGACUUUGCGGCAGCUGCAGGAUGGGUGGUGUACCGGAAAGAAGCCCAAAUGUUGGAUACUCCUAAAAAGGACACUCUGGAUUACUUGGAGUUCAAAGCCGAAAUAGCAAAUUCUUUGCUCUAUUUCACUCCAGCAAGAGAGCAAAUACACCUGUACGAGGAAGUUGAUGAUGUGCCAGCAGAAGCUAGUCAAACUAGCCGCAAGAGGAAAUAUGUCCCUCAACCCCCAUUGCAGCUGAGAACAGCCAUGGUAGGUCAUUUACCAAUGAUUGAUAACGAGUCAGGUGAUCACAGAUGCCGCUUGCCAGGUUGCAAGAGCAAGAAAGCAAGGGUAUACUGCUCAACUUGCGGCAUGCAUCUAUGUUUAGUCGCAGGGCGGAAUUGUUACAAACAAUAUCACGAACAAAAUUAA